AUCGGGAAGUGUAAUAAGGAUUGUCUAGCAAGAAUAUUACAGUAGCCAAAACCCUCAAGAAUCUCAAUCUCUGGCUUCCUAUUCUUCUUAUCUGGUGUGAAAGAGAAUUCUCAAAUUUUGUUUUCUCGUUCAAGGUAAUCCAUGGCUCCAAAGCCAAAAGAUAAACCAAAGCCCUCACAGCAGCAGUCGCAGCCACCCCCUGCAAUCGAAGAUCUCUUCACCUCUCUCAAUAGACACAUCCAGCGAUCCGAAUUCGAACAGGCUGUUAAAGUUGCAGAUCAACUUCUGUCAAUUGCACCUGGAGACGAGGACGCGAUUCGAUGUAAGGUUGUGGCUUUGAUAAAAGCAGAUAGCAUCGAUGAUGCUCUCUCAACAAUUCAAUCUUCUCAGAAGAUUCUCACUGAUUUCAGUUUCUUCAAGGCAUACUGCCUAUACAGACAAAACAAAUUAGAUGAGGCUCUGGAAUCUAUGAAAGGCCAGGAGAGGAAUUCAGAGACUAUGCUGUUGGAGUCUCAGAUUCUAUAUCGUCUAGGAAAGAUGGAUGCUUGUGUGGACAUCUACCAAAAGCUUCUAAAGUCGAAGAUUGACUCCCUCGAAAUAAACAUGGUUGCUGGCUUGGUUUCAGCGGAGAGGUCCUCUGAAGUGCAAGGAACUCUGGAGGCUCUUAGGAUUAAAGCAACUAGCAGCUUUGAGUUGGCAUACAACAUCGCCUGCUCUUUAAUUGAAAGAGAUAAGCACGCAGAUGCAGAACAACUCUUGUUGACAGCCCGAAGAAUUGGCCAGGAAACUCUAACAGAUGACAAUUUUGCUGAGGAUGAUAUAGAGAUAGAACUGGCACCAAUUGCUGUCCAGCUAGCCUAUGUGCAGCAGCUUCUUGGACACAAGCAAGAGGCAAUUGGGGCAUAUACAGACAUUAUUAAUCGAAAUCUGGCAGAUGAAUCAUCACUUGCAGUGGCAGUAAACAACCUGAUAACAUUGAAAGGUUCUAAAGAUAUUUCUGAUAGCUUAAGGAAACUCGAUCGACUCAAAGAAAAAGACUCACAGAACUUUCGAUUUACUCAUGUACUUGACUUAAAGCUUUCACCAAAGCAUAGGGAGUCAAUAUAUGCUAAUCGAAUUCUUCUACUUCUACAUGCCAAUAAAAUGGAUGAGGCCCGAGAACUUGUUGCUGCAUUGCUGGGCAUGUUUCCUGACAGUGUUAUACCUUUGUUGCUCCAAGUUGCUGUUCUGGUGAGAGAGAACAAAGUUGGGAGAGCUGAAGAAAUACUAGGGCAAUUUGCUGGGAAGUUCCCUGAAAAGUCCAAGAUCAUUCUCUUGGCAAGGGCACAGAUUGCUGCUGCUGCUGGCCACCCAAAUAUUGCAGCAGAAUCCCUAUCUAAGAUACCUGAUAUCCAGCACAUGCCUGCCACUGUAGCCACACUUGUGGCUCUCAAAGAGCGUAUUGGAGAUGUAAAUGGCGCCGCAAUUAUCCUUGAUUCCGCAAUUAAAUGGUGGUCAAAUGCCAUGACUGAGGACAACAAGCUGAGUGUAAUAAUGCAAGAGGCUGCUUCCUUCAAGCUCAGGCAUGGGCAGGAGGAUGCUGCUGCUCAUCUAUAUGAGGAGCUUGUGAAAAGCCAUGGAAGUAUAGAUGCUUUGGUUGGUCUUGUAACUACAGUUGCUCGUGUAGAUAUUGACAAGGCAGAAACUUAUGAGAAGCAACUGAAGCCAUUACCGGGUCUGAAGGUCGUCAAUGUUGAUAAUUUGGAAUGGACUUCUGGGGCAAAACAUUUUGAAGGUGCUUCUCAGCCUGGGGUCAAUAAUGCGCAUGAAGAAGGUAAAAGUAAAGAGAAACAAAAGAAAAAGAGGAAGAGAAAGCCAAGGUAUCCCAAAGGAUUUGACCCUGCAAACCCAGGUCCUCCACCAGAUCCUGAAAGGUGGCUUCCCAAGAGGGAGAGGUCAAGUUACAGGCCAAAGAGAAAGGACAAGAGGGCAGCUCAGGUACGAGGCUCGCAGGGUGCUGUGGCUAGAGAAAAGCAUGAAGCCGGUGCUUCUGGUUCCACAUCCAGCAUUUCCAAUUCAAAAUCAAACCAAUCAACUAGUUCUAAGGGAUCCUCACAAAUUGCAGUUGCGGAUCAAUCCAAGCCGUCAUCCAAGUCAUCAAGAAAGAAGUCAAGGAACUAACUGGGAUGCAUGCCCCCCUGCCAUCCUACUACUGCUUUUAUUUAGUGUUACCAAUAUUUUUAGAGAUUUUUGCUUCACAUUUAACAUUGCUCAUAUGAGAUUUUGGGGGUUCUUUUUUGGCAUUUAAUUUAAGAGGAAUUAAAACACUUAGUCGCUUAGUACAUUUCAUCAGAAUAUCAUGUACAUGGAGGGUGCAGGUGGCUUUGACGCCUGUUGUAUGGGUUGCUUCUGAUAAUUUGAGUUCAGAAAUAGACAUUAUGUCA